AUGACGCAGAAUGCACCUUCCGUUUCAAAUUUUCUUCCGUCCCAACAACAGAUAGCGCUUGCCCUUGCCAUCGUUCGCAACUACGUCCUGCAACUGCGUGCUCAAAUCAGGCCUGGUCCAGACCCGAGGGAACGGGACGAUUCCGAAUGCUACGUUGAUCAGGUCGCCUACUGGAAGGAGCGAUGUCAACAGGCCGAGGACGAAUGCGGCAGGCUUCGGGGUAUCAACAUCAAACUCGAACGAUCAAAUCACCUACUGUCGAGCCUCUCCGGACCUGUCCCCGAUGUUGAUACAAGCAUGCUGAUGGCGCCGACUGCAUCGCCAAAGAGAUCUAAGCCAUCGAGACAAGCACAGAAACAGUGCCUACAACCGGCCGCUGCUGCCCAGGAGACCAUCGAUAAUGAUAUGGACUUCCUGGAUGUGCUCGGUAAAGACGGCUCGAAUCUCACGGAAGCUUUGUAUACUACACACUCGCUAUGCAGGAGUGAAGAGCCGGACGCCGAAACACUGUGCUACAAUCUAGUAAGAGUUGCUUCGAGUAUCGGCAAAGUCAUAUGCAUAGUCGCCCAGAACUACGAGCAACUGUCACGUCGAGGGAGGAGGACACUGGAAGCCAUGUCGUUGGACCAAGACAAAUCCGACUUUGCCAUCGCUCUAUCCGUCUGCGCAAGAGCUUUCAUGUCCUUACUUGUCGGUACCAACAAACUCAUGGAGACAAAAGCAGAUGCACGCCUCGCGAGUUUGAUCGUUUGCGAGGUAGCAGAUAUGUUCAACGCCGGAUUGCAAUCAAUCGAGGCCUCAGCGCGAAGGACAGCGCAAACUUUCUUGUCGCAACCAGCCUCGCCAAAGAAGACGAAAACCAAGACGCCGCCUUCUAUCAAAGAGUCGCCGCCGGCCAGAGCAGUCGCCCACUUGCUGAUCAGUCUCCUUGGAUUCCUUGAGAAGACCGAUCCCGUGCAUCAGAAGAUCUUCGAUGGCUUCGUUUUUGUUUUGUUUGAACGUGUUGGCAAGAGAUUGUAUUACUUCACAUUUGGACAGCACCGCAGCACAUCCAUCGAUGGCAACAUCUUACCGUCACCUGAGUCGAGAGAUGAGACAGAGGAGAUAAGGCGAGAUACCAAUGCCCUUGGAACGCGCCUGGAAGUCAAAGCUCUUGUGUUGAUACUUGAACGCGCCAUGGGGCUAGCUCCGAGCCACAUGAAUCCCCAGAAUGCUCGCCCAAGCCAGUCCCCAAAUCGACUGGUCCGUACAUUGAGCACCAAGAGUCCCGUCACGAAUACCCGGUCGCGUUUGAACCCGCUAGCAAAAGACCGCUUGCAGCGAACACUAGUUGCAUGCAUGUAUGGAAACAACACAAAUGAUGAGUUUCUGGACGUUCUCACGAAGCCGUUGCCAGCCAUGCGGCUGAGCUCACUACAAAAUGUGGUUAAAAUCGACGAUAAAGAUGUGGAGACUUGGUAUAAAGAGGAGAUUUGGCGACUUGUUGGCUGGGAUGUACUAGCCAGAGAGGGCGCGUGGUGA